CGGAUGUAGUCUCUCCUGCCCCCUCCUGACACUUCCAACAUGGCGUCGGCAAAGUGAGACUUCGGGCUAAUAGUUUGUUCUCGGCUCUUUAAAAAGUCACCGCGGGGCUCUUUCGCACUUUUUGCGUGGCCACGGACGGUUCACUGGGAAUCUUACGUGCUCUGAUGCUCGACCGUUUGUUGCCCCGGCCGCCGCCAUGUUCACCAAGAAGAAGAAGUCGCGCAUCCAGAUCUCGGCGCCGUCCAACUUCGAGCACCGCGUGCACACCGACUUUGACGAGCAGGAGCAGAAGUUUGUGGGCCUGCCUCGCCAAUGGCAGUCACUCAUCGAGGACACGGCCAAAAGGCCCAAGCCCUUUAUCGACGCUACAGUCAUCACCACGGUGGACCCGCACAAGAGCAUCGUGCGCGGCAACAAGCUGGGGGUAGACGGCUCGCUGACCUGGCUUCUGGACGAGUUUGACACCAUGUCGGUGACUCGUUCCAAUUCGCUGCGACGGGGAAGCCCUCCCGUGCAGCCUCGCCAAGAGAAUGGGGACCCCCACCAGCGACAUCCCUCGCAGUCCGACAGAGAGCGCUCCAGGCCAGACCACCAGAGCAGUCAGCUCCCCUUCCGUGGCUCCCAGCGAGACGACGGGGUCCACACGCGGCCUCAGCAGCAGCCUCGAGGCCAAGAGCCCGGAAGGGUCAACAGGGACAGACCAGGUUCUGGUCCCCCGCCGCCACCUCCCCACAGAGACCGAGAUCAUCGACACCAGAACCAGGAUCAGGUGGUCCGCCGCGAUCCGCACCCCGAUCACAGGCCCAAGUCAGGAUAUCAGGCUCGGGAUGGCAGCCCCCAGUCUCCUAGGGAAAAGCGGCCCCUCUCCGGGCCCAAUAUCCGCACCCCGAACCUACCGGUGACCGACGGAGUGAUGAAGACGGCGCAACAGACGGCAAGGCCGUUUAACACGUACCCCCGGGCGGAGAGCGACGGGGGACGCAGCCCCACUGGCCCGCCGACGCACCCGCACGAGUCCUCCCCUCAAAACGGCCCCUCCGUCCCCCGCCGAGGUUCUUCCGGGUCCAAGCCCCCCGCGGGCCACCCUCACCACACAUCAUCGCAUCCCAGCUUGACGCCCGAGGCCGGGCGAUACCCACACACCCCUCACCCCGACGUGCCGGCCCCGCGGCCACCGGAAGCCCGCUCCCCGCAGAGGGAGCCGCAGCGUGUUUCCCACGAGCAGUUCAGAACGGCUCUACAGAUGGUGGUGGAUCCCGGCGACCCACGCACUUACUUGGACCACUACAUUAAGAUCGGCGAGGGGUCCACGGGGAUCGUGUGCAUCGCCACCGUCAAGACUACGGGUAAACUGGUCGCCGUGAAGAAAAUGGACCUGAGGAAGCAACAGCGCAGAGAACUUCUCUUCAACGAGGUUGUGAUCAUGCGCGACUACCACCACGAGAACGUUGUGGAAAUGUACAACAGCUACCUGGUGGGUGAUGAGCUCUGGGUAGUCAUGGAGUUCCUGGAGGGGGGCGCACUUACCGACAUUGUGACGCAUACUAGGAUGAAUGAGGAACAGAUCGCCACAGUGUGUCUCUCCGUCCUAAAGGCCUUGUCAGUGCUGCACACGCAGGGCGUCAUCCACCGCGACAUCAAAAGCGACUCCAUCUUGCUCACGCAUGACGGCCGGGUGAAGCUGUCUGACUUCGGUUUCUGCGCUCAAGUGUCGAAGGAAGUGCAGCGUAGGAAGUCUUUGGUGGGUACGCCGUACUGGAUGGCGCCUGAGCUCAUUUCGCGUCUUCCUUAUGGACCCGAGGUGGACAUCUGGUCGUUAGGCAUCAUGGUGAUCGAGAUGGUGGACGGGGAGCCGCCGUACUUCAACGAGCCGCCACUCAAGGCCAUGAAAAUGAUCCGAGAUAACCUGCCACCUAAACUCAAGAACCUGCACAAGGUGUCUCCGGUGUUGAAGGGCUUCCUGGACCGCAUGUUGGUACGCGAGCCGUCCCAGCGCGCCUCGGCCGGGGAGCUGCUGAAGCACAGCUUCCUGAGCAAGGCCGGACCACCGUCCUGCAUCGUGCCCCUCAUGAGGCACAACCGCAUGAGAUGAGGACUACUCGGACACACUUUGGGCUUUUCUACUGUGGCUGCGUGGGUGCGAGUGCGAGUUGGUUCUUCCCUUGUUACAAAGCAAUAAUUUGGACCGAGUGUGCGAGCGAGUGACUCAAGCGCGAGUCUUACUGUUAACGGAAAAGAACACUUACUGUAACCUGCCUAACCUGGAACUUUUAUUAUUGUUAUUAUUCAAACCCGGUUUGGAUUUUAAGAGGGGACGGGAGAAACAUUCCUGACUGGACUUUUGACUACUGAGGGACGCACGUCGGCAGGAAAACGAGCAAAACAUGAAGUCAAAGGUAAACACUGGAGUAGAUUUUCUUGCUUUUUCAUGCGGGAGUAUGAUUUGAUUUGAUGGUUAUGUUUAUGAUAUGAUGCUUUAACUCAUUGGCUGCCAUUGCGGCGAUGGGCGUCCAAUCCAUUUUGACUGGGAAGUCGUUCAUUUACCCCUCCCAGUCAAAAUGGAUUGGACGUCCAUCGCUGUCAAUGGCAAAAUGAGUUCAUCAUGAGUGACUUUUUUUCUCUCCCUAGCACUGUCAACAAUAGGAGCACAUUUACACACAACAACACAAACACACACACACACACACUGGUUGUCAUGUUGUGGCUGCUUGAUGUACAAACAUACUUUUUUUUUUUUUUAAAUGAACUUUUUAGAUCAUAUUUUGUACAAAAACGAAAACAAUGAUUUGUGACAACUUUUUAAACGGUGCUUUCUUCUCCCUCGUGAUUUAAUACCAAACAAAAACAAGCGUGGCUUCGGCGUGUAGUGCAGAACACGUUUAUUUGUAGAAUUAUGAGCUUCCCGUUUAGCACGACUAACUGGUACGUUGUGGUUUACCUCCCACACAGCAGGGGGCAGCGCCGUGUCCAACUAUUCUUUUGUUUCUUCCUCCUGGCUGGAAUGUACGAUGGAGGAUUAGUGCCACACAACGUAAGAAAGAAAAAAUAGGCUAAUGAGAUUAAGAUUAAUAUUACAAAAUUUGAGUCACAUUGUGAUAUGAGAUUUAAUUCUUACGAGAAUACAAUCGUAAUUAUGAUAACGAGAUUUAAUAAUAUUGCAACUUAAAUCUUGUAAUAUAAUGACGUUAUUCUCAUAGGCCUUGUUUUUUUUCAUUGUUUGUGCGGUCUUAAUAGUCCUUUGGAGUAUGACGAAUAUUACGACUUUAAUAUCGUAACAUUAUGACUGUUUUCGCCGCAACCAGUUUUUUUUCUUUCUUUCUUUGUGUGGCCUUGAUACGCCGUUGUAAGAAUGCAAUGUUAGGUCACGUUUAGAUUUUAGCCCAAAACACUAACAAUCAGCAAGUCGGCAAUUUAGAAUUAUUAUUACUAUUUUCAUUUGUCGGCUCGCAAGUGAAGCGACAAUCAGGUGCACUCGAGAUCGGUAACACUAAAAAUGAAGAAAACACUACUCUAAGGCCCAGCACUCUGAAUGUUUUAUUAAAAUCAUUCAGAUGAGUGCGCAAAAUUCGUUAAAAAAUUGUUUUACGGUGGUCGGGGUGCCUUUUACGCCACGCGGGGACACUUUGACGUCACCGUAGGCGAAACGAAAAUUCGUAACGGUUCAUAAUUCUGUGUAAAUACAAAAAGCGAUAAGUUGUUCCUUAUUGCUCGCUGAUAAUGUCAUCAGCGUCUGUCUGUGUUGUCACUGGGAUUGGCGAGAAAAUAAAAACAUUUCGCUCUGAA